CGCUCACGCUGAUGGGAUGCAGAGAGAUCAUGCAAAAAGAUAGCUACAAAGGAUUUAAUGAGAAAGAGCAAAUACAGUCGCAGCUGGAGAGCCUCCAGAGAGAGAAGGGAGAACUGGAGAAAUGGGAAAGGAAGGAGCAACGGAUCUGCCAGUAUUAUCUGGAAAAAGUGAAGGUGGAGAGGCAGAGGAUUGUGCCUGAAUUUAAGCAACUGCAACAGUACCUGGAGGAACAGGAGUGCCUGCUGCUGGCUCGGCUGGGAGAGCUGGAGAAGCAGAUUAAAACAAGAUUGAAAGAAAAUGCUGCUAAAUUCUCCAAGAAGAUUAUUUAUCUGGAUGACCUGAUCAAGGAGAAGGAGAGUCAGCUGUCAGGACACGAGUCCCUGCAGGACGCUGGUGACAUUUUGAGCAGGUGUGAGGCGGCAAAACUCCAGCAAAAGGAGAGGAUGAACCAUGAGCUGAAGGAGCCCAGUGUCUGCUCAGAAAAAGCUCCCACGCUAGAGGAGAUAGCAAGAAAACCCCAAGUGAACGUGACUCUGGAUCCAGACACAGCUCAGCCUCGGCUUGUCUUGUCAGAAGAUCAGAGAAGUGUGAUGCAGGGAGCCACACAGCAGAGCCGGCUUGACAACCCAGAGCGAUUUGACCCGUGGCCUUGUGUGCUGGGCUGUGAGGGAUUUGACUCGGGGCGACCAUGCUGGGAGGUGGAGGUGGGCUACGGGUCAUGCUGGGCUGUGGGUGUGGCCCUGGAGUCUGUGAAGAGAAAGGGACAGAUUGACAUGAGCCCCGUCGGGGGGAUCUGGGCAGUGGGGCGGUAUAAGGAGAAGUUCCAGGCUCUCACUUCCCCAUCUCCCACCCCUGUCCUCCCCAGCACGGUCCCCCGGAGGGUGCGGGUCUGUCUGGACCUUGCAGGGGGGCAGGUGAUGUUUGUCAACGUUGACAGCGAGGCUGUGAUUUUCACUUUCUCGCGAGCCAUGUUUGCGGGGGAGCGAAUCCACCCCUGGUUCUGGGUGGGUAAGGGGUCUCAGCUCAAACUGUGUCCUGAGACCUGA